CAAACAUCCAGGCCACCAUUUGCAAACAUUGUACAAGCAAACAUGGGCCAUCGCGUCAGCUGGAAGGAGCUCCCAGCGAAUUCGCCUGAACGGCAACAAUUUGUUCGCAAAACGUUGACGACGGUCUUUUGUGCUCUCUUGAUCGAUAUCCUAGCGUUUACCAUCAUACUACCCCUGUUUCCGCGGUUGUUGGAGCAUUAUGAGCAGGUGGACGGUGCGAACGAGUCUUCAACGUACUUUCGCAUGCGUACGGUAAUUCAGUCCUUCCGCGACAUGCUGGGAGUCUCGGGAUCGCGGCUUGAUAUCAUUCUCUUUGGCGGUGCCCUUGGGUCUCUCUUCUCCUUCCUCCAAUUUAUCAGCAGUCCCAUUAUUGGGCGGUUGAGUGACAAAUAUGGACGACGAAGCGUCUUAUUGCUAAGCAUGCUUGGAAAUGGGGUAUCGAUGCUGCUAUGGAUUUUUUCUGGCUCAUUUACUACGUUUGUAUGGUCAAGAAUAAUUGGAGGGCUGACUGAAGGAAAUGUGCAAAUGUCGAUCGCAAUGAUCUCGGAUGUCACUACGCCUGAAACAAGAUCUCGCGGAUUGGCUUUGGUUGGAAUAGCGUUUUCCUUGGGGUUCACCGUUGGCCCCCCACUAGGCGCAUACUUCACGUCCUUUGAUCUGAUAGAAUUGAUUCCCGCUCUGGAAGGUUUGCCGAUCAACCGAUACUCAAGCCCGGCUCUGUUCGCGUUCAUCCUGAUCGUAAUUGAAACUAUCUAUUUGGGAGUUUCUCUACCGGAAACCAUCAACUUCAGAUCUUCAAGUGACAAACGAUCCUCUGAUGCCGCCGCAAGUCCCCGACGCUCGGCACGCUUGGCCAACAAAGCCAAUCCUGCGGUGGCUAGUGCAGGAAAGGCAAUGUCAAAGUCGGAUCGGAAACUGUGGGCGCUCAGUCUCAUUCAUUUUCUUUUCCUGUUCUUCUUCUCUGGAAUGGAGUUCACUCUGACCUUCCUGACCCAUGAUCGGUUUGGUUUCUCACACGGGCAACAGGGCCGGCUUUUAGCGUUUAUUGGCGUGUUAUCUGCCUUGGUGCAGGGUGGAUAUACGCGUCGUGUGGCUCAUAAACGCGUUCAUGAACGGACCCUCGUAGCUCAGGGCAUUGCGGCUUGCGGGAUCGGGCUAGCAGUACUAGGAGUUCAAGCGUAUAGCUUAGGUUGGCUAUAUCUGGGCGCUGCAUUUCUGGCCUUCACAAGCGGGACCGUUGUUACUGGAUUGACGUCCCUUGUGAGCUAUGAAACCGGAGCUGGGGAAAAGACAGUAGAUGCGACCGCGGAAGACAACAGUGAUCGAGGGCAAGUUCUCGGAAAGUUCCGUAGUGUCGGACAGCUGGGGCGAUCUCUGGGACCAAUCUUUGCGUGCACCAAUUACUGGAUAUUGGGCAGUUCCGCAGCCUAUAGUGGUGCAGCAUUUGCAAUGGGAGCGUUGGUUGUGCUGGUUAUGACCUUUGCUCCCGGACCACCUAAAAAAAUAGCUCCGGAAGUUCGAGUACAACAACGUGCCGGCGUUGAUGACCUCAUUUCACCGAUAUCGGUGACGGAAGGUGCAGCCAUCCAAGGAUCUACGACAACUAGAAGAGUUCGUGGCAAGUCUAUGGAACACUAAAGCCGUUGGCAGGAAUCAACUCACAGGCGGGUGAGGAUCAAGGGGACGGCAUUAAAUAGAA